AUGCAGAUCUUUGUUAAAACAUUAACGGGCAAAACGAUCACCAUUGAUAUGGUCGCCUCGGAAACGGUUUUGGACAUCAAGAAUAAAAUCUUGGAACGUGAGGGCAUUGCACCAGACCAGCAACGUAUUAUCUUUGCCGGCAAACAGUUGGACGAGGGUCGGAUUAUAUCUGAUUACAAUAUCCAGCACGGAUCUACGAUGCACCUGGUGCUACGCCUUAAGGGUGGCAUGCAAAUUUUUGUGCGGAUGCUCACGGGUAAAACAAUCGCCAUUGAUACGGAACCGGAAGCUACUGUGGAGAGUGUCAAGAAACAGAUCGACGAGCGUGAGGAAAUCCCUCCAAACCAACAACGCAUGAUCUUCGCCGGGAAACAAUUGGAAGAUGGCCGUCAGCUUCAGGAGUACAGCAUCAUCAAAGCAUCUACAAUCCAUCUGGUCCUGCGUCUUAAGGGUGGCAUGCAGAUUUUUGUGCGGAUGUUAACUGGCAAGACCAUUGCCGUAGAUACAGAACCGGAAGCAACGGUAGAAAGCAUCAAGAAGCAGAUCGAUGAACGAGAGGAAAUCCCACCGAAUCAACAGCGCAUGAUCUUUGCUGGCAAACAGCUCGAAGAUGGACGUCAAUUACAGGAGUAUAGCAUCAUAAAGGGAUCCACCAUUCAUCUCGUUUUGCGACUCAAAGUCAACAUGCAGAUUUUCGUGAAGACCCUGACCGGAAAGACCAUCACCCUUGAGGUGGAACCAUCCGAUACGAUCGAGAAUGUAAAGGCCAAGAUUCAGGAUAAGGAGGGAAUCCCACCAGAUCAGCAGCGUUUGAUCUUCGCGGGCAAGCAGUUGGAGGAUGGCCGUACCCUGUCGGACUAUAACAUUCAGAAGGAAUCGACGCUCCAUCUGGUUCUUCGUCUGCGCGGAGGCAUGCAAAUCUUCGUGAAGACCCUGACCGGAAAGACCAUCACCCUUGAGGUGGAACCAUCCGAUACGAUCGAGAAUGUAAAGGCCAAGAUUCAGGAUAAGGAGGGAAUCCCUCCAGAUCAGCAGCGUUUGAUCUUCGCGGGCAAGCAGUUGGAGGAUGGCCGUACCCUGUCAGACUAUAACAUUCAGAAGGAAUCGACGCUCCAUCUGGUUCUUCGUCUGCGCGGAGGAAUGCAAAUCUUCGUGAAGACCCUGACCGGAAAGACCAUCACCCUAGAGGUGGAACCAUCCGAUACGAUUGAGAAUGUAAAGGCCAAGAUUCAGGAUAAGGAGGGAAUCCCACCAGAUCAGCAGCGUUUGAUCUUCGCGGGCAAGCAAUUGGAGGAUGGCCGUACCCUGUCGGACUAUAACAUUCAGAAGGAAUCGACGCUCCAUCUGGUUCUUCGUCUGCGCGGAGGCAUGCAAAUCUUCGUGAAGACCCUGACCGGAAAGACCAUCACCCUUGAGGUGGAACCAUCCGAUACGAUUGAGAAUGUAAAGGCCAAGAUUCAGGAUAAGGAGGGAAUCCCACCAGAUCAGCAGCGUUUGAUCUUCGCUGGCAAGCAGUUAGAGGAUGGCCGUACCCUGUCGGACUAUAACAUUCAGAAGGAAUCGACGCUCCAUCUGGUUCUUCGUCUGCGCGGAGGCAUGCAAAUCUUCGUGAAGACCCUGACCGGAAAGACCAUCACCCUUGAGGUGGAACCAUCCGAUACGAUCGAGAAUGUAAAGGCCAAGAUUCAGGAUAAGGAGGGAAUCCCUCCAGAUCAGCAGCGUUUGAUCUUCGCGGGCAAGCAGUUGGAGGAUGGCCGUACCCUGUCAGACUAUAACAUUCAGAAGGAAUCGACGCUCCAUCUGGUUCUUCGUCUGCGCGGAGGAAUGCAAAUCUUCGUGAAGACCCUGACCGGAAAGACCAUCACCCUUGAGGUGGAACCAUCCGAUACGAUCGAGAAUGUAAAGGCCAAGAUUCAGGAUAAGGAGGGAAUCCCACCAGAUCAGCAGCGUUUGAUCUUCGCGGGCAAGCAGUUGGAGGAUGGCCGUACCCUGUCGGACUAUAACAUUCAGAAGGAAUCGACGCUCCAUCUGGUUCUUCGUCUGCGCGGAGGCAUGCAAAUCUUCGUGAAGACCCUGACCGGAAAGACCAUCACCCUUGAGGUGGAACCAUCCGAUACGAUCGAGAAUGUAAAGGCCAAGAUUCAGGAUAAGGAGGGAAUCCCUCCAGAUCAGCAGCGUUUGAUCUUCGCUGGCAAGCAGUUGGAGGAUGGCCGUACCCUGUCGGACUAUAACAUUCAGAAGGAAUCGACGCUCCAUCUGGUUCUUCGUCUGCGUGGAGGCAUGCAAAUCUUCGUGAAGACCCUGACCGGAAAGACCAUCACCCUUGAGGUGGAACCAUCCGAUACGAUCGAGAAUGUAAAGGCCAAGAUUCAGGAUAAGGAGGGAAUCCCACCAGAUCAGCAGCGUUUGAUCUUCGCGGGCAAGCAGUUGGAGGAUGGCCGUACCCUGUCGGAUUAUAACAUUCAGAAGGAAUCGACGCUCCAUCUGGUUCUUCGUCUGCGCGGAGGCAUGCAAAUCUUCGUGAAGACCCUGACCGGAAAGACCAUCACCCUUGAGGUGGAACCAUCCGAUACGAUCGAGAAUGUAAAGGCCAAGAUUCAGGAUAAGGAGGGAAUCCCUCCAGAUCAGCAGCGUUUGAUCUUCGCGGGCAAGCAGUUGGAGGAUGGCCGUACCCUGUCGGACUAUAACAUUCAGAAGGAAUCGACGCUCCAUCUGGUCCUGAGUCUUAAGGGUGGCAUGCAGAUUUUUGUGCGGAUGUUAACUGGCAAGACCAUUGCCGGAGAUACAGAACCGGAAGAAACGGUAGAAAGCAUCAAGAAGCAGAUCGAUGAACGAGAGGAAAUCCCACCGAAUCAACAGCGCAUGAUCUUUGCUGGCAAACAGCUCGAAGAUGGACGCCAAUUACAGGAGUAUAGCAUCAUAAAGGGAUCCACCAUUCAUCUCGUUUUGCGACUCAAAGUCAACAUGCAGAUUUUCGUGAAGACCCUGACCGGAAAGACCAUCACCCUUGAGGUGGAACCAUCCGAUACGAUCGAGAAUGUAAAGGCCAAGAUUCAGGACAAGGAGGGAAUCCCACCAGAUCAGCAGCGUUUGAUCUUCGCUGGCAAGCAGUUGGAGGAUGGCCGUACCCUGUCGGAUUAUAACAUUCAGAAGGAAUCGACGCUCCAUCUGGUUCUUCGUCUGCGCGGAGGCAUGCAAAUCUUCGUGAAGACCCUGACCGGAAAGACCAUCACCCUAGAGGUGGAACCAUCCGAUACGAUCGAGAAUGUAAAGGCCAAGAUUCAGGAUAAGGAGGGAAUCCCACCAGAUCAGCAGCGUUUGAUCUUCGCUGGCAAGCAGUUGGAGGAUGGCCGUACCCUGUCGGACUAUAACAUUCAGAAGGAAUCGACGCUCCAUUUGGUUCUUCGUCUGCGCGGAGGCAUGCAAAUCUUCGUGAAGACCCUGACUGGAAAGACCAUCACCCUAGAGGUGGAACCAUCCGAUACGAUCGAGAAUGUAAAGGCCAAGAUUCAGGAUAAGGAGGGAAUCCCACCAGAUCAGCAGCGUUUAAUCUUCGCUGGCAAGCAGUUGGAGGAUGGCCGUACCCUGUCGGACUAUAACAUUCAGAAGGAAUCGACGCUCCAUCUGGUUCUUCGGCUGCGCGGAGGCAUGCAAAUCUUCGUGAAGACCCUGACCGGAAAGACCAUCACCCUAGAGGUGGAACCAUCCGAUACGAUCGAAAAUGUAAAGGCCAAGAUUCAGGAUAAGGAGGGAAUCCCACCAGAUCAGCAGCGUUUGAUCUUCGCUGGCAAGCAGUUGGAGGAUGGCCGUACCCUGUCGGAUUAUAACAUUCAGAAGGAAUCGACGCUCCAUCUGGUUCUUCGUCUGCGCGGAGGCAUGCAAAUCUUCGUGAAGACCCUGACCGGAAAGACCAUCACCCUAGAGGUGGAACCAUCCGAUACGAUCGAGAAUGUAAAGGCCAAGAUUCAGGAUAAGGAGGGAAUCCCACCAGAUCAGCAGCGUUUGAUCUUCGCGGGCAAGCAGUUGGAGGAUGGCCGUACCCUGUCGGACUAUAACAUUCAGAAGGAAUCGACGCUCCAUCUGGUUCUUCGUCUGCGCGGAGGCAUGCAAAUCUUCGUGAAGACCCUGACCGGAAAGACCAUCACCCUAGAGGUGGAACCAUCCGAUACGAUCGAGAAUGUAAAGGCCAAGAUUCAGGAUAAGGAGGGAAUCCCUCCAGAUCAGCAGCGUUUGAUCUUCGCGGGCAAGCAGUUGGAGGAUGGCCGUACCCUGUCGGACUAUAACAUUCAGAAGGAAUCGACGCUCCAUCUGGUUCUUCGUCUGCGCGGAGGAAUGCAAAUCUUCGUGAAGACCCUGACCGGAAAGACCAUCACCCUUGAGGUGGAACCAUCCGAUACGAUCGAGAAUGUAAAGGCCAAGAUUCAGGAUAAGGAGGGAAUCCCUCCAGAUCAGCAGCGUUUGAUCUUCGCGGGCAAGCAGUUGGAGGAUGGCCGUACCCUGUCGGACUAUAACAUUCAGAAGGAAUCGACGCUCCAUCUGGUUCUUCGUCUGCGCGGAGGCAUGCAAAUCUUCGUGAAGACCCUGACCGGAAAGACCAUCACCCUUGAGGUGGAACCAUCCGAUACGAUCGAGAAUGUAAAGGCCAAGAUUCAGGAUAAGGAGGGAAUCCCUCCAGAUCAGCAGCGUUUGAUCUUCGCGGGCAAGCAGUUGGAGGAUGGCCGUACCCUGUCGGACUAUAACAUUCAGAAGGAAUCGACGCUCCAUCUGGUUCUUCGUCUGCGCGGAGGAAUUUAAGUGUUUAAAUAAAGCAUUUUGAAAGCUAUGGUA